CAACCACAAGCACCACGAAGCAAAACCGCCUAACGGGACACGCUAUUACUGUUUGCACCUCGCCUGUAAUUCCCUGCUUUUGCACCCUUCAGCGUGCUUCCAGUCGCUGCCCACUUUAAUUUUUUUUCCCGCCCUCUCCUCCCCUCCCACCUUUUUUUUUCUCCCUCUCGCAGCCUCCCGCCUCCUCCCCUUCUUUCUUCUCUGGUUACAUAAUAUUCAUCGACACCCCAGCUUCACGUCAGCAAGCAGCCAUCUCUUACACCGUGGUCGCCAAUCCAUUCAGCUUAUAGCAUCGGCAUUGGGCUAGUAUAUCGGAUUCUUAAUCCCUGAUACGGCCGAUCUGCCUGCUUUUUCUCCGCACCCGUUUUCCCCAAAAUCCCAUCCUAAUCCCGUCCUUCUUUUUAUUCCAGGCUUGCAUGUCAUCAUCGCGACUGCUGAGUCAGAAAACCGCCAACAAUGCAGUCUCCCAAUGGUGCCAGCAAUCAAGAGCAGCACCUACGCGCUCAGCUUGAGCUUCUGCAAAACCACGACGCCGAAGCUACCGCGUCGCGCGAUCAUCAGACCACUUCCGACCAAGCUGCCAAUGGCUACGAGCAACUCCAAAUAGCCUCACAAGACGCCAUCCGUGCUAUAGCAUCAAAAGCUGCUGGUGAAGCUCAUAUUCACCCCGACCUGCGCGCCUCUCCCACCCACGGGCAUUCACCCAUGAUGCUGUCGCCAACAGACCCAAGCGCCCAACACCAGGCUGGCCCUAUGCCCUCAGGCUCUGCUAUGGAAGUCGAUCGCAAACCGAAGAGAGAACUAUCACAGUCCAAGCGUGCAGCCCAAAAUCGUGCAGCACAGCGAGCCUUCCGUCAAAGGAAAGAAGGAUACAUCAAGAAGCUUGAGUCACAGGUCCGCGAGUUUCUGGAAAUGGAAAACUCCUUCAAACAGCUGCAAAGUGAAAACUAUGCCCUCCGCGAAUACGUUAUCCACCUACAAUCUAGACUGCUCGACACACAAGGCGAGGUGCCUCCUCCCCCACCAAACGUUAAUCUCUCUCAGCAAAGCCAUACCGGCGAGCAUUCGCAUCUAGGAGAAGCUGGCCCCAGUGAUGGUGCUGGUACGCCGCUCGAAGCCGUCGCCCAAGCUGUUGCUGGUCUUGCUGCCCAGGAGCAGCUGAACGAGGAGAGACAUAGCUCAUAUCUCGGCCUCAAGGCCGAACGCAUCGAUGAGGAUACCCGGUCUCCAGACGAGAUCAAUCGGGUACUGGCUUCAGACGAAACCCCCGCGUAACACUGAGAUGCUGCAUUUGCGUGAGCCAGUGUGAUGAUGGGGAGCAUACCUGACAUGAAUAUUUGGGACCAGCGGCGUUUCGGAGAAAACAACGGGCUAAUCGCUCUCUGUUUGGGAUUUAUUACUUGUGAUUUAUAUUUGUUCGAACUCUUUCUUUUAUAACAUGGCUAAACGUGCGACUUUCGCAAUGCCCCAUGUAUGGUCCAUAGGCGCACUGCGCAUGAAAUCGACAUCUCUAAUACUUAUUCAGUGCGAAAUAUCAAGUGACUCUAUUCUUUUGUUUUUCUCAAAAUCUGCUCCUUAGAAUAACUCAAACACCUUGAAACAUACCAAUACCAAAUUACACAAACACAAAAAAAAGCUUAACAAGAAAGUAAAGGACGCAGUCUACACUCUGAGGCGCCUUAGCCACUCUCAAACGUACGAAUUGCCCAUGUCGUGUUCC